CAGAGGUUAUCUGUCAACAGACGAGGUCUGCUAUGGACGUCACCGAUGCUGUAGGUGUUUCUACAAGCUUUACAGGAAGCCCAAGUUCGCUUCAAGCUGGCGUGACCUUCGAUGAAAUCAAGGAAUCUAAACAACCAGGCGAGGCUACAAAUGAGAGAGAGAACAUCCAGAAACGACUGGCCACAUAUCACCACUGGACUGGACUAGCCUUCCCAAUACAGCUGGCAGUAGCUGGGUUCGUAUUCACAGGGGAAAUCGACCAGGUUGUGUGUACCUUCUGUGGAUUAAAACUGUACAACUGGACACGGAAGGAAAAACCUCUUGAGGUCCACAGAAAAUAUUCUCCUGGUUGUACGUUCUUGAAAAAGUGGUUUCCGUUACCCAGGGAAGUUACGGGAUCGUCAACACUUACAAGAGGACCAUCAGGAUACGAUCCAACAAAGGCUGGACACAAGGAGUAUGUUUCCAUUGCCAAGAGAGUGUCUUCUUUCGUUGGAUGGCCACUUAAAGGGGAGCUCCAUUCUUCACAAAACAUGUCGAUGGCUGGGUUUUUCUACAUUGGAUCUGCGGACAGAGUGAGAUGUUUCUACUGUUCCUUUUCACUCAGAGAUUGGGACGUGGAUGAUGAUCCUUUUUCUGCCCAUAAACAACACUCUGCUCAUUGUGACUACAUUAACCAUCUUGCCAGGAAUGCAGUCACGACAAGGAUAAGGACAUUACGAUCUUCUGAACAUUCGUCCCAAGCUUCCCCUAAUGCAGUUCCACCAGGGAUGCUGGUGGUAUGGACUCAGUGGAACCAACAUUGA